AUGCCGUUCCUCACAGCACCCAACUGGCAGAUCAGCUGGACUCCACUGCUGGUGCUAGGGUAUCUCUUUUACCUCCUCCUGGGUGCUAUGGUGUUCCAGUUGCUGGAAAAGCAGGCAGAAACCCACUCUCGGGACCAGUUCCACCUGGAGAAGCUCAAGUUCCUGCAGAACUACACGUGCUUGGACAGGCAAGCCCUGGAGCAGUUCAUACAGGUCCUCAUGGAAGCAUUGGAAAAAGGGGUCAACCUAGAACAAAACUCUACGAAUCCCAGUAACUGGGACUUCAGCAAUUCUUUCUUUUUUGCAGGAGCUGUUGUCACUACUAUAGGCUAUGGUAACCGGUCUCCAAGCACAGUGGCAGGACAGGUCUUCUGUGUUUUUUAUGCCUUAUUUGGAGUGCCACUCAACUUGGCCUUCCUUAACCAGUUGGGGAAAGGUCUCAAUGCUCAUUUGAUUACUCUGGAAAGAUGGGUGCAAAAGCCAGGCCAUGACCAGGUGGUUCAGAGACUGGCCAUGGCUGUCUUCCUGACUGCAGGGAUCUUGCUUUUUCUAGUGUUCCCACCACUGGUUUUCAGUUACGUAGAAGGCUGGAGCUAUGGAGAAGGCUUUUACUUCACUUUCAUCACCUUGAGCACCAUUGGAUUUGGGGACUAUGUAGUAGGCACAAACCCAAACAAGCACUACAUCCCACUCUACAGAAGUCUAACUGCAAUUUGGAUCGUUUUUGGCUUGGCCUGGCUGGCCUUGGUCUUCAAUGUGGGAGCUCAUUUGAUGGAAAAAUUCCUUCAGCUCAAGUGGCACAAGCCUGACUUAAGCUUGACAGAAGGAUCCCCAACCAAACCAUGAACCCGAGCAGACCAGGAUCCACGUGAACAAAGUACAUAGAGAACUCUUGAGGGAGCAUCUUUCAUCUGCAUCUCACACUAAGGAGGCUCUGUGGAUUAAGGUUAAAAGUACAUGUUGCAGACAGUUUCUGGAGGAAGAAACUUUUACACACACUGUCAAGGCAUCAGUCAAUUAAGACCUUCAGAGAAGUAAGCAUGCAUGGUAAAGCAACU